AUGAGCGCACCGCAGGCCCUGAAUGAUGCCUCUUCGCAUUCCCGCGUCUGGGAGAAGCCAUCAAAUGAAUGGUUUCGAGCGGUGUGGGCCGAAGUUACCAGAAAAACCAACCCAGAGUGGGGUUUCUCUGGUGGAAGUGCGCCGGAGGACGAUGGGCCAGAAGUCAAAAAAGGAGGCGUGAUGCAUGGUGUGCGAGCAGGAUCAACCGCGGGCCGGUAUUGGUGGGCUCGCGGAGCCUGGGUGUCGACUGGCGUAACGCAUGCCCUCCCGCCUGGCCAUUCACACCACGUCGUCGCAGCUGGCCGUGAGCCCUUGGCGUGA